UUGGAAAUAACCCUAAAAAUCAACCCUAACUCCACUGCGGCAAGAAGGGCAUCUCUAUUCCCUCCGUCUCGUCUCUCGCGCGCCUACAAAACGAUCGUAACGGUGAUUAUUUCGGUGCCCAACUAUUAAUUUCGAUGAAUUGAAUUGACAUAGAAUUCUAAUUCUGUGAAAGAAGCCCGACGAAUUGUAACGAUCUUGUUGAAACCCUUGUGGUGGUAGUACUAUCAGGAUCUAAUGGAAGACGAUGACGAAUUCGGGGAUCUGUACACCGAUGUACUCCAGCCCCUUCAGAUGUCGUCUGCACCUCCUCAACAGCCGAUACAAUCAAUACCGCAGCCGCCUAGCCGUUCGAUCGAUCUCAACGAUAGAAUUCCCAGCGAUGAUGAGGAGAUUCUCUAUGGCGCUAAGAAUUCUGGAAAGUUGAAAUGCGAUCAACCUAGUCCAAAUCUGAAUUUGAAUAAAAGAGAUGGAGCUGCUGAGAAAAAUGAAAAGUGUUGGGGGGAGGAGGCUGCGCCGCCGGCGGAUUCAGGAGGUAGGGUUUUUGGGGGUAGUAGUGGUUUGGUGAAAGUAGAAGAUAAGGGUUUUGAUCAAGAUCCAAAUUUUUUGGAUGAUGUUAAAGGCGAAUUUUCGCAGAUUAAGGAGGAGAGGCUGGAGGAAAAUUUUGGGAUUGAAGAUGCCGGGGAGGAGGACGAGUUUUUGAUUCCGGGUUUAUCAUCUUCUGGAGCUAGGGUUUUGGAACGCAGUGGCACAGAAGGGGGCGGUGGCGACGACUGGGAUGAUAGUGACAGCGAGGAUGAUUUACAAAUUGUGUUGAACGAUAACAACGGAGGUGGGAUCAUGGGAAUGGACGUCGGUGGUGGUCAAGAUGAAGAAGAUGAUGAAGACGGAGACAAUUUGGUAAUUGUUACCGGUAAUGCUGAUCCAAAUCAUCAUCAUCAUCCACCAAUGGAUGAUCUCCAAGAUUGGGGCGAAGAUCCUAGUCAGGCUGCUGAUGGGGCGGGAGAAAGAAAAGAUUUACUGGGCGGUGAUGCUGGGAGACCUGAAGUAGGCGGAGCUACGGCUGCUCAGAAGGUUGGAUACGGAAGUCAUGGGUAUCAUCCGUUUCAUUCUCAGUUCAAGUAUGUGAGACCUGGCGCUGCACCAAUGCCUGGAGCAGGUCCUGUAGCAAGUGGAGGAGUCCCAGGGCAAAUUCGUCCACCUGCAAAUAUGUUACCUUUUGCUGGUCGAGGUAGGGCUGAAUGGCGUCCACCUGGCAUAAAAAAUGCUGCUCCCAUGCAGAAAAAUUUCCAUCCAGGUUAUGGGGCCCAAGGUUGGGGAAACAAUGGAGGAGCAGGGCGUGGAUUUGGCAGUGGACUCGAUUUCACACUUCCUUCACAUAAGACUAUAUUUGAAGUGGACAUUGAUGGGUUUGAGGAAAAGCCUUGGAGACUUCAAGGUAUUGAUGUAUCCGAUUUUUUCAACUUUGGCAUGAAUGAGGAAAGCUGGAAGGAAUAUUGCAAACAGCUGGAACAACAUAGGCUGGAGGCUACAAUGCAAAGCAAAAUUCGUGUCUAUGAAAGUGGGAGGACUGAACAGGAGUAUGAUCCCGAUCUUCCACCAGAACUAGCAGCAGCAGCAGGUCAUGACAUAUCUGAAAACCGUAACAUGGGAAAAACUGAUUUACAAAAUGACUUAGCUAAGGGAUCUGCACGUGGUCGAAUGCAAUUGCCAACUGGAAAAGCAAUACAAGUGGAAACUGGUUUUGGAGAAAGACUUCCAUCCAUUGAUACAAGGCCACCACGUGUCCGUGAUUCUGAUGCCAUCAUCGAGAUUGUGUUGCAGAGAUCUCCAGAGCCUGAAUCUGUUCCAGAACAUGAUGAUGAGCCUGAAGAAGAUGAUGUCAGAGAAUCCCUUGAGGUUGAAGAUGACAUUGUAUCUGAAAAUGAUCAUUUUGAUAAUAGACCACAACCACAAGCUUAUAACAGUAGGAAACGAGAAGCUUCCGGAAGACCACCUUCCAUGGUAGGUGCUGUAGAUAAAAGGGUAUCCUCACAUUACUCAGAAACAGAAGCUGAAGAUCAUCAAGAUUCAAGAGGCAAGAAGGUCAACUCUCCUCCUUCAUCUCCUCCUACAAGUUUUGACCAAACCGAUGCCAUCAAAGAUGAGAUUGCAGCCGUUGACCGAAAGUCAACGGAAAGAGAAGGAAGAGGUUUAGAUACAAACAUGAAUGAUAAUAAUACCAAAAAUAGACGUACAAUGAAAAAACAAAAACAUUCUUCUGUUGAAAGAGACGAUUCAAAAGCUGGAAAAAGCAGUGAAAACAGCAAAGCAAGAUCAGAUCAAAACAUGAGAGAUAGUGUGGAGCAAGAAGUCAUUCAAGGUGGAGAUGAUCGAAUGGUUAGAAGACAAGAUAAGGAAAGACACCAAAGUGAUCAGUAUUCUCAUAGAAAGUGGGACCCGAAUACCCAUCGGCCACACGUCAAAUCUGAAAACUUUGAUAGGAAAAAAGUGAGAGAAUCUGAAGGAGGAGGGGUAUGGCAAGAUGAAGAUCCACAUAUUGGAAGAAUGAGAAUUGAAGAUGUAAGGAAACGGAAUCAUGAUGAACACCGGAAUAAAGUUCGGGAAAAUGAUAAAAACGAACACCGGUCAAGAAAAGCAUCAGAAAACGGAUUAAAAACUCGACAUGACAUUUCAGACAAAAGAGAAGAAGUUUCACAUGUUCAUAGAGAAACUACAAGUAGACGCAAAAGAGAGAGAGAUGAUAAUUUAGAUCAACAUAAAAGAGAAGAUGAACCACAACAACAACACCCUUUUAGGUAUAAAGAAGAGGGUAAUACUAAUAAUCGGUUGCAAAAACGGGAACGAGACGAGUGGAAAGAAAGAGAUGGGCAUAGAGGAGGAAUCGGAAUCGGGCAUUCCAGAGUAAAGGAAGAUUACAGAAGUUCAGAAAAAGAUUAUCAGUUCAAAGAACAAAGUAGUAGAAGAGAUAGAGGCGUUGAAAAUGAAAGUGUUUCCAGACAUCGUGGGGGACGUGAAGAUCCAUAUGCACAUGGAAAUAAAGUUAAUAAUAAUAAUAAUGAGGAAAGAAUAAUAUCAAGGCAUGAAAGAGGGUAUACUGGUAAAGACGUGCAAGAUAAGAAACAGAAGGAAAGUGUAAGGAAAGGAAAGGAAAGUGAUGGCGGAAUCCACAAUUCCGUUUCCGUUGCUAGUUCGAGACGGAAUCGAGAAGAUCAUAGCAGUCAGAGAAGUGAGCGGGCGAGGCUUGAGCAAAACCCACCAUUGGUGACACGAAGAUCUUCAAAAAAACACAACGCCAACAACAACGCCUCAUCAGAAGACGAACAACAAGAAUCAAGAAAAGGCCGCUCAAAACUCGAAAGAUGGACAAGCCACAAAGAUCGUGAUUUCGGUGUAAUAAAAGAACCCGACAACAACAACAACGGGGCCCACACAAAAAUUCCCGAAAUACCCUCCUCAAAGCCUCCUCCUCCUCAAGAAACCACCAUCGAUAAUUCUUCAAAACCACAAGAAGACAAAGAAAUGAGCGAGGAUCCAAAUAAGCAUUUGGACACGGUUGAGAAAUUGAAGAAACGAAGCGAGCGGUUUAAGCUCCCGAUGCCGAGUGAGAAAGAAGCUUUGGCCAUUAAAAAGAUGGAAAACGAACCGUGGCCGGGCCCGCCCGAAGCCCGACUCGAGGCCGAGGCCAAACCGGAGCGGCCCGCCCGGAAACGGCGGUGGACAAGUGGCUAAAGUGCUGUUACGGGUUGGUUGGUUGGUUUAUGAAUGUAACGGAAUGUGUAACAAUGAUGUAGCGGGAUUUAUGGUUUGUUUUUGUUUUUUUUGUUUUUUGUUAUAAAGGUGCGGAAAUUGUAACGAUAUAGUUUGACACAGAACAUGUUAUAUCAAGUGACAGUUAUUAUA